GUUUGCCGUGAUCACGUCUGGUGUCGUUGGGCCGACGCCGCCCCGCCACGGUCUCGCGUUUUCCGCGUUUUCCGAAACAUUUUCCGUGCCCUCGACCGCACGUCCUCCGCCAACAUCCGUCGGCGCAACUACAGAUGUGAUAACGACAAUAUUAUCAUCAUCAUUGUACACUGUUGUUGUUGUUGUCGUCGUCGUCGUCGUCGUCGUCGUCGUUACACGACGUAUUAUAGGCGACGGAGACGAGAUUUUUAGCACGAUUUUACAUUUCCCCCUCCCUACGUUUUACUUGACCGACAAUUUAUCACCUAUAUUUUGACGAUAAAACAUUGUUAUGCGUAAUGUAAACAUCAAGACAAGGCAUGCAAAAACCGAUUGUAGUAAAGUUAAAGAAACUAAAGGUCGGACCACCGGCGUUGAGUGGGUGGGCAGCAGAGUUCGAUGAGUGGGUCGCCGUCGCCGCCGCCGCGGUAACAACGGUCGACCGUAGAGACGCCAUGCCGGCCACGGCAGUGCUGGCGGCCACGGCAGUGCUGGUGCUGCUGCAGUGCGCGGCCACGGGUUGCGCCGCCGCCGGCCAGAGCGCGGCCAUACGGCACGGCCGGUCGCGGAACGCCAGGAACCUGCGGCCGAACGCGCAGGCGCCGCCGGCCGCCAAGCCGCAGCAGACGGCCGCGGCCACCGCCAGCGAACUGGACAACGACAUCGUCAACCGGUUGCUGCGGAUCGUCGAGUCCCAACAACAGUUGGGCGACAACUGCACUGCCGGCACGCACCUCAACCUCGGCGAGGGCGUCGUCGACCGGUACGCUCAGGAACGGUUCCGCGUGGAAGCCGACGUGGCCGUUAACAGAGCCAACAUGUUGACAAGGCUUUGGAAGUACGCUGGUCCCGAAGUCAUGGACUCGGAAUAUCUUCUGCAUGCCGGAGUGAUUUCCAUGGUGGAGUUCGACGAUGACAUAUUCGCGGCGGGAAAUUGUUAUGAUCAGCACCAGUACAAGCACUACCAGCUGUUCUGCCCGUACGCGUACCGGCUGCCCAAGGGCGAGGGCAUAUUGGCCAAGGACCUGGCCGUCGAGUACAAGUACUUGACCAACACAAGUGAAUGGUUUUUCAUCGCCCGAAAGACCGCUGAAUCGGUCAUAAAGCGCAACAAUCAGUAUAAACAUGCAAUCAACACAUAUACUUGGAAUCAAACAAGUCAUACAAAAAGUUUUCCUGACGACAUCCUAGCCGUGUCGUACGAGGAUGGCAAGUGGAGCAAACCAUAUUAUGAUUGUGGAGGCGGAAAUAUAUGGAUGCUCACAUAUACUGUACCGUUUUUUGCUUUCAAGGACGCCAAGUAUUUUUUUAAGGGGACCAGCGGAAUCGAUAUCGACUUGAGGAGAGUGGAUAUCGACCAAUGUAGUUUACCCGAAGGCAGUACGAAGCUGAACAUUUUUGCCUCUUCAAAUAAAUGUAAAAUGGACACGACUCAAUGUGUAUCGUUGGCUGGAUUUGGUUUUCGUCGUGGAAGUUACAAGUGUGUGUGCCGCAAAGGAUAUUAUUUUCCAAACAUCACAAGCACCGAAAAGUCGUUCAAUGGCAUCGUAGUAGAAGAAGAGUACGAAAAGCUUAUGUUGGGGAAACCAAACACGUAUAACGUCGAAGAAAACUUUCAGUGUAAAAAAUGUGCAGAAGGUUGUGAUGACUGCGUUGAUUUUAGUCCAUGCAUCGCCACCUACGACAUCAUACUUCGAAUCACAAUACUGUUAUUGACGCUCCUGGUUAUCGGGUUUCUACCAAUGGUAGCUAUAUUUACGUUCAAAUAUAGUGAUCUCAAGAUUGUAAAAGCCGCCAGUCCAGUGUUGUUACAGAUAAUAAUCUUGGGAGCUUUUUUCAUGUAUACGACGAUCAUCGUCAUGUAUCCAACACCAAAUCUAGUAACGUGCACUGCGCGGUUUUGGCUCAGGGAAAUUGGAUUUUCCCUCACAUACGGCGCACUCAUGUUGAAAACUUGGAGAGUAUCUCAAGUGUUCAAAGUGAACUCAGCAAAGACCGUUCGCAUCACCGACAAGCAGCUAAUUAAACUUCUGCUUCUAAUGAUCGCAUUUGUCACCGUGAUUCUGUUCAUCAGGACGAUGGUGUCUCCACCACACACGAUUGUCGGUCGCACAGCAGACAACCUUAAAACAGAUAUUUGUCCCACAGAUUGGUGGGAUCACUCGUUUUCUAUUCUGGAAGUUUUAUUCUUGAUUUGGGGUAUCCGGUUGUGUGUAAUGGUUCGGAAAACGCCGUCUGCUUUCAAUGAAAGUCGGUUUAUUUCUAUAGCCAUAUAUAAUGAGUUUAUCAUGUCCGUAUUUCUCAAUGUUUCCAUGAUAUUUUUAAAAUACCCAGCUAAUCCAGAUUUACAAUACGUCAUAUUUUUUUGUCACGCUCAACUUACGGCAACCGUAUUACUGGGACUUUUAUUUGGCAGUAAGGCUUUGAUAAUAUACAAAGGCGAACAUAAGGUGGAAGAGACGUCUUCUCAUAAAAUAACUACACAAAAGCUGAAGUUCAAUAGCAAACAAAAACAUUCUGAUCCGUCGUAUGAAAGUAUAAGUGACAACAAAGAAAGCACAGAACUUCAGGAAAUUCGGAUCUUAAGAACUACCAUAGAGAACCUCAUAGAAGAGUUUCUCAAGUGUGGACCAGCAUAUUCAGACUAUGUGUUGAAACUACAGGCCAUGUUGGAAGUGAUGAAGAACUCUAAGCUGGGCGAAAAUGAAGAAUUACAGCAGAAAUUGGCAUUGAGCAAUGGCUGUGUGAUCAAAGUGGACAGCAAUAAAGACGAAUCAUGUACAAAAAGAAAUUAGGUUACAUUUUAAAUUUAUGAUGAGACGGUAAUAAUUAUUUUAACUGUGUUAUUGAAGUUAAAUAGUGGCUCAACACAUCGAAUAGUAAUUUUCCGUCGUUGUAUCUGUGAAAUACUUUUUCAUUUGUGUUCUUAAGUUUUUAUUGUUCAUUCAAGUUGUGUUCGAUUCCACUGUUUGGUUUUUCGGCAUUCAAUAUUAGUUUUUAGAUUUUUGAUGUUUUAGUGAUAACAACUGAACCAGUAGCAAAGGAUAUUAUGUGAAGAUUUCACGCCUAUGAAGAUAGUCUUUAACCUUGAAUACAUUUCAUCAACCUGAUGCAAAAUGGUUUUAUUUUGUUGUGACCAGAUGUAAAAUAUUUGGUAUAUCUGAUUCAGACAAAAAAAAUAAUUGCAGUUUAGUCAUAUCACAUUACACACUAUAUUAUGCCUAUUGAGUUUUAGUUACUUACCUUUUUAAUACAAUUGAAGUACGGUGAAAACCAUUCUAUAAAAGCAAUUUAUUCGAUAGUUGAAAUAUGCCGAAUAUCAUGGAGUUGUUUUGUUUCAUACUAGGACAUUUGUGUUUUUUUAAUGAUAUAUUAUUAUGUAAUCGUUUAUAGGACACUACUUAUUUCUAGUACCUACCUACCUACCAAUACUUUUUUAUAUUAAUAACUAUAUUUCUAUUUGUUAUUUAAUUGUUACAGUUAGAAGUGUAUUUAUUUGACUUAUAUUAAAUAUGAAGUAAAUAUAUUGUAUACUUUCCUUCUAAAAUAUAAACCUAAAAAAAUGACAAUAUAUAAUGUAUUAUACUAAUUUAUAGUCGGAAAGACCCAACUUAAACCCGCAUUGGCAAAAUUACACUUUAUUAAGAAAGGAAUUGAAUAUCAGUUAUUAUUUUAAUUUUGGUCCACAAAUGUGUAUAAUUUGUAACCAACAAAUACGCAAAGCUAUUAUUAAUUGGAAAAAAAAUGGUACGAAUAAAUAACACAAUAUUAUCUUCAUAAUAUAAAAUCAAUAUAAAUAAAUAUCUAUCAUAUAAAAAAUAAUUUUUCACCUGGUACUUUAUCACAUUGUCGUAAACAUCGUGAUAAUAUAGACAUACAUAUUUUAAAAAUUAAAUUUAAUACCCAACUAAUACUAUCAAUGAUACCUAAGAUCAUAAAAUUGAUAAAAUUACUAUUAAUUAUUUACCUACUUCAAAAGUCUGUAUGUAACCAAUAGAUAGUUUCGAUCUGCUGUAACAAAAUAAAAUGUAUAGGUGAAUAUUUCUAAAUAACUCAUGACAAGUUUGAUGAAACUACAAAUGCGUAUGGACAAAUGGUUUUCUAUGUAAUAAUUCUUACUUUCAGGUAAUAAUUAUUUGUGUAACGUUUAAUAUUAUCCAUCUUUUAAUUAGUGUCCCGAUAAUUUGAAAGAAAAUACCAUUUAUACGAUUAAUUUUAACCCGCCAUAAUUUUUAUAUGGCAGGAACUCAUAUUUUAUUUUAUUACUACUGGUACGAUAAUUAUUACUGAAAUUGAAAACCAGUAUAAAAUAUUUAUGAUAGGUCAACCUUCUUUUAUAGAAUUCUAUUAAAAUAUUUGACCCACCACUGAUCUUUUAAGUGUUCUAAAAUGCUUUCAUAUUCCUAUUUAUUAAAUUACAUUAAAACAUUUAAAACAAACAGUAUUUUACAUAAAUUAUAAUUGAUAAUUUAAUAUCAUAAAAUACAAUGUAAAGUAUAUUAUUUUUGACAUCUAUUUUGGCAAGUUGUACUAUACAACUUCAGAAUUGAAUUGAUAUAUUUUGUUAUUUUUUGAUGUACAUUUGAAUCAAAUCGUGUUUACAUAUCCUUAAUAAUUCGUCUCUGCCUUUUACAUCCGCUGUAUCAUGACAUACGCUCCACGCAUUAUAAUAUCAUUGCAAAAUAUUUUUCAUUCAAAAUUUCAUUCGGAGUCCAUAGUACUUUUUUCAUUUCAAUAUUAUACGCCACGCGCCUCGAGUAGAACCGAUAUAUUAUUUAAAAAUGUAAAUUGUUCGCUAAAAAACAUAACAAUAUAAUAUUGUAUGUAUAUCAUUUACACGUAUAUAUCACAACAAUAACGCGAUGUGUAUAGUCGAAUAAAACGAUUAAAGACUACCGACGGAACAAUGAGAUACAUUGUUUCAUUGUGCAGCAUUCGAUGAGUGGUUUUGCUGAUUUUCCGUAAUAUUUGUCACACAAAUUCGACGGGCACACCUCUUACGGUCUUAUUUGCGCUAGCCUUAUUCGAAAUUAAUCUGCAGUGCACUGCGCCACAUACACAUAAAAGGUAGCUCGAUAAUAUGACACGGAUCCGAAACAACGACAUUAAUUAUUCUCUCCCAACGUUUUCGGGGGAGGGGAGGGGAGCGAAGGGGAGGGGAGAGAUUGAUAAUUUAUUAGAAACGAACAGAAAACAAUUUUCCAAAGCCGUUCACGCCGAUGAAAUAAUAAUGAUAUGGUCAACAGUCUGGUACGGUUUGGUCUCCGCGUGCGUCGAACGCUUCGGAUGAUCGUCAUCGAGCGAUUCGUGAGAGUCGUUCGUUUAAUAAUAAUAAUUCGACGACAACUACACCCCCAUCCCCCUCCCCCCUCGUUGGGGAAACCUUUCCUCGUGGAAACGUCUCCGAGACACGAUUAGCUCAAAAAUCCCAUAUUUUAGUUUAAAUAUGCAUAAACGUCUUGAACGUAAUUUAUGACGAAACGCAUUGCGCUCUUUAUAACAACACCGCCGCCGCCGUUGUCACACGGUUUUUCUAUUUUUCUCCCUUUUUUUUUUUUAUUUUCUUUUUGUUUUACGCGUUUUCCCCGUCACACAAAUGACAUAAUAAAACUCGACGUGUUUGCGACGCUGCUGUAAUUAACACGCGAUCGUUCGUCCUCCAGACGUGUCGAGGUCGGCUCGAUCGAAAAUCAAACUGCACCGGACACGCGGAGAAAUCACAAGAACGUGUCAAUGUCAAUUUCGCCCGUCAUAUAUUAUUGUUUGCUCCGGCGGUGGUAAUCUAUCUUCGGCCAGUGGCAAAGGCCUGAUGUAUGGCGUACACACCUAUGUGCGUAUUAUUAUUGAUAAUUGCAUCACGAUACACGUGAGUAUCGAGUAAUUCUACCUACGACUUCGAUCGAACAAUAAAAUAUUGCCUCUGACUGUUUCCCAUUUAUUUUUUCUCCGCGAUACUAUUCCGACUGUUCUCAAUUAGAAAUCUCCAAGUGACAUGACAACAAGGUAAUUCGGUUAUUUUUAUGAUUUCCAAUUAUUCAGUACAUUUUUGAUCAUUUCAUCUCAGUUUUUAUAGCAUUUUUUUUCGUAAGUUCGAUUCACUUUUCACUCCGCUCUAAAAAUAAAAAUAUUAUGUUAUAUCAUUGAACCCAGUCCAAAUGUCCAAUUCAGCAACAAUUGAACUAAAAAAAUACCAAACAAUCAUAGAGAUUUCGUUUAACAUUUUACAUUCAUUUUUAAAAUUCUUUGCUAUUCAAAUAUAAUAUAAUAAUCUAUUUUCGUAUUAUCUGCCUGAACAGUAAUCGUGUACAAAUGUGAUGAUCGAUUAUCGAAGCUUGUGAUAUCCAAAAAGUUUCGAAACCUAAUUCGAUUUGUCAAUAUUGGCAUUGUCUUAUAACAAAAAAAAAAAAAAAUAUUUAACAGAAAAAAAAUCUCACAAUAAGUAUUAAGUACUCUUCUAUUGCAAAUAAUAUAUAGUAGUGCAAUUAAAGCUAUUUUAACGCAAUCUCAAUAGUUAAUAAAUAAUAUUAUUAUCUUCAGCCGUUGGUUUUCACCGAUAAACGUAAAACUUUCGUCUCUCGCAAUAUCUGUUAAACAAACGUUUUACUUGCUAUUGGAUGUCCAACAAUCCAAUAAACAUGUACCUACCUGCAGAUACCCAUUCAAUUCAACAAUAAAUUAAUAUGUAUUAUAAACCGUAGACUUCGGUUCGUUUCAAAUAUAUAAUAUUGACCAACGGCGACGAAAUUAGUUAUUGUCUGAUUGGUUUUUGUUGUUUCUCCGGCGACGUUCGUUCUUGUGUUUGUUAUUGGUGUAUACUAUCUGUAUAUUUCGCGAGCAUUCUAAUGGAAAACUCGGUAGGUACAAAAAGAAAAAGGAAAAUAAAGAAUUACUUAACGAAAAAAA